GACCGACUGUCCAAUGACUACAGGCCUGUUUCACGAUGUCACUAGAAGUGGUCCAAUGACAAGUUCCCAUGCAGUCAUUGAAAGAACAAAUGGAUAGUGGGCAGGAAGCUAUCUAGCUGAGAGGGGAGAGGGGGAAGCGCUAUCAUUGUUGUCACACACCCAACGAACUUUUUUGUUGCGAUUAAGCUAAUGAUAUCUGAUAGAAAAAACGGCAAUUACCGAUGUAAGUUAUAUGCAUAACAUCUUGAUGUAACAGGGCCAUCAUUUGUGUGAUUUCACGUACAGAAGAACAUCUCUCCAGGACUUUUCAGAACUGACGAGAUUGGACACAUCGAUUUACUAGAAGUCGGUCUGACAGAUAUGAGUGAUUCCGAGCCACCGAAGUUUGCGUCCAUUGAAGAUGAAAGAGAUUACUGGAAGGAGCAAGCUGUGCAGCAUCAACAAAGGGCGCAAGAGGCCCUGGAGGAGUUGCAGGAGUUCCAGCAGAUGAGCAGGGACUAUGAGGUGGAACUGGAGACGGAGCUGAAGCAGUGCGAAACACGGAACCGGGAGCUGCUCAACAUGAACAACCGUUUGGGCAUGGAGCUGGAGAACUACAAGGAGAAAUACGAGACCCAGCACUCCGAGGCUGUCCGACACAUAUCCACUCUGGAGGGGGACCUGGCCGAGACCACUGCCAUCAAGGACCAGCUGCACAAAUACGUCCGGGAGUUGGAGCAGGCCAACGAUGACCUGGAGAGAGCCAAGAGGGCCACCAUCAUGUCUCUAGAGGAUUUUGAGCAGAGGAUGAACGGUGUGAUCGAGAGGAACGCCUUUCUGGAGAGCGAGCUGGAUGAGAAGGAGAACCUGCUAGAGUCAAUGCAGAGACUAAAGGAUGAAGCCAGAGACCUGAGGCAGGAGCUGGCGGUAAAGCAGAAACAGGAGCGUCGGCCGUCUCUCAGUCUGUCCAAAGACGCCGUGGCAGCGGAGCCCACCCCCCCACCCUCCCGGCCCACCUCUGCGCUCCCCACCCCCUCCAGACCCCCGGGCUCCCCCAGUGCCUUCAACACACCGCCAGCCUCACAGAGCAGGGGGGAGGGUUUGGUGGGAAGCCCUCUAACUACCUCAGCACGUAUAUCAGCUCUGAACAUCGUUGGGGAGCUGUUGAGGAAAGUCGGGAACCUGGAGUCUAAGCUGGCUACCUGCAGAGAACUGCAUGUGAGCGACAAGACCCAGAUCCGGCAGAACCUUCCGGCAUCAUCGGGGACGCCCGCCAGCCAGCGAGAGAGCCCCGACAUGCAGGCCAACACCAACGGCCUCUAUGACAAGGGUUUGGUGAGGCGGCUAGAUUUCGGACCAGGACCUAAGAUUCUGCUCUGAGUGCACCCAGCAUGCCUUGCACCGCUCUUGUGCUUCAGCCCAUACUGCACCCAUGUGGCUUCUCACCCCGACCCCCUCUGCACAAGACCCCUUACCGAAGGCACCCUCAUCAGCACCCCCUCCCCUUCCUCGCUCCUGGAAGGCACCCUCAUCAGCACCCCCUCCCCUUCCUCGCUCCUGGAAGGCACCCUCAUCAGCAACUCCACCUCCUUCCUGCAGCGUUCCUCCCUCUUCCCUUCCAUGGCACUGGAAGAACCCGGUUUUUGAUGCAGCUGCCCGGCGAGUGUUGUUUUCCCUCUCAUGCAUUGAGAAACGCAGCUGAACAGGAGGAACGGAGGAAGACAUUUUGUCUCAAAACCCUGAUGACUUUAGUCAUUUCCUCAAGUCUGGCCCCACAUUUCAAAAAAACUAUUUUUUUCCUAAUCCACAGCAUUACAUCGGCCUUUCAUGUACUGAUAGAGUGAGACCACUAUGUACAUGGAGAGGAAUACCUAGGAGGACCCUUUCUACUGCAGCACCGCUCGACUCGAGGUGUGAAAUGUUGUUGUUUGUGACACACUGGAGUUGCCUUUGGAGGAGCUGGAGGUCUACACUUUUAUUGCACACUUUUCUUCCCGACAGGAUAUUCUCUAUGAUGAAGGAUAAUGAAACGUUUAUGAGUUAUUAGAACAGAUUAGAGUUAUUGGUUAUUUAGAACCGAUAGAGCGUGGAAGUGAGUACGUGAACGGAGAUAAAAAGAACCCUGCACAGGUCUGAGGUAUACGUAGGAAUGGAAUAGAUAAAGAGAGAGAGAGAGAGAGAGAGGUGAAUGUGUUUACUAUAAUGAUGUGAUCAAUGUCUGAGAAGGCAGACUUUCUCAGCUGCCUAUGAGAUGGCUCUUACUGGCCGUGAUGGAUGAAUUGAAUUGUAAGUGGAUGUCAGUCAGAUUAUAUUUGUUGUGUCUUGUUUGUGGGAUUUGUCCCUUGCAGUUUGUCAUAUCAUUUGUCCUACUAACACUGCAGAGCUGUUAAGUAAUCUAACUCGAGCACAGAGAGACGGUAUCGUUGCUUAUUACUGCUUUGUUUUAGAUUGGGUCUGAACUAAAAUGUUGGGAUGCCAUUGCAUGGUCAACGGCUUGUUUUCCCAAGUUUUUGUCAAGGUGUGUGUGUGUGUGUGUGUGUGUGUGUGUGUGUGUGCGUGUGUGUGUGCGUGUGUGUGUGUGUGUGUGUGUGCGUGUGUGUGUGUGUGUGUGCGUGUGUGUGCGCGCGCGUGGGUGGGUGGGUGGGUGCAUUGCGCGAGUGACUUGCUGCUGUUUUAAUGUUUUUGUAAAAUGUGUGGAAUGUCUCAGGGUUUGUUGUGGGUGAUAUUUAGCAGGAGGCAGGUCUAGGCCUAUAUUAACAAACUUAAUGGGACCUUGUGUUGAGUCUCGCAGUGCUAUUCAUAAGGCCUUGAUCUCUUACACACAACUGAUAGUCUGUUACACACAAAAAGGCCUUGUAGACUUGGCAUAACUGGAAAGGUGUACUAUUUUUAUAAUAAUACAAACUUUGUGUGCCUUACAAAGUGUUAGAAAUUCUAAGCAUUGAAGUGUAUUUAGGGGGUGAAGUUUUCCUCCCCCACGGCACAAUAUUUGGGCCUCUCUCAGUACAUUUAUUUUCUCUGUUACCUCAAGUGUUACGGUUUCUGUCUGGAGAGAACGGACUGAGAAAUUUUUUUUUUUUUUAUGUGGAGUUCAAUCUCUGAGCCAAUAAGUAAAUCUCUCACUACAGGGGGGGUGUUUAGAAUGUUAUGAAAUAUGAAUACUUCAGUGAAGGGUACGUAUGUUUUAUGUUAAAAAGUUAGGAAAUGAAGAGAGAAUAGGGUAAAUUUGCUCUGUUCUUCUUUACAUCUUUUCCCCUUUAGUGGUACCAGAUUACUGUAGACUGAUGGAUAGGUAGGAACCGGUAGAAUAAUGUAGGGUAGAAGGCGAUGUAGCUUUAACUAACGGUCUUAUCUUAGGAGGCCAUUUUGUCUCCAUACCUGUUACAUACAUUCCAAUGGGUGUGUCUGAAACGACUGCCGUGUUUGCCGUGGGAUUUGCGGUUGUCACUGAAAUCCACAGACGCGUCAGGGUGUUGCUUUGUGUGGCUUAGUGCAUCACCAACCUGUUCACCCGUAAGUGUUUCUUCCUCUGCAAAGCAAUACAUUCUCUUGUCCUGUUAACCUGAGGUGUUGUGUUUUUUGUUAAUGCAAGUCUCUCCUACCAAAUGGGCACAAUAAAGAUCAUAUGAAGCA